UAACAUAAACGCGAAUUGUAGACAAAUUAGACGAUAAAAUUAAAGUACGUUAAUUAAAACGUGUGUGUUAAUGAUCAUGUAACUCUAUGUAGUAUGCAGCGGUAUGCAGCAGUAGAUAUUGUUGCGGCACGACAUGUCACGUUCGAAGUGGCUAACAGUUCUGGCAUUUCAAUUGUUUUUAGCGACAAGUAUAAAUGGUUCGAUAGGUGAUAGAUCUCAGUUUUACAGUUUGUGCCUUGAGAAAUGCAGUGAGAAUAAUUGCAAUAAUGAUCAGAUGUUUAAAGUACAACCGUCCUUAUCGUUAAGGUUGCUACUUUGGUCUUGCAGAGAAGAUUGUAGCUACACCUGUACAUGGAAGACAGUCGAUUAUUUUACGUCCCAUGGCUUGAAAGUUCCCCAGUUCCAUGGAAAAUGGCCCUUUAUCAGAGUUCUUGGAUGCCAAGAACCAGCGUCCGUUAUAUUUUCUUUAUUAAAUUUUUAUGCCCAUGCUACCAUGUAUUGGAAAUUUAAGAGAAAAUGUAAAUCUACUUAUCCUAUGUAUUAUGUAUGGUCCUAUUUUAGCCUGAUUUGUAUGCAUGGCUGGUUUUGGUCAUCUGUUUUCCAUGCAAGGGACACUCCAUUCACAGAAGUAAUGGAUUAUACUUGUGCAUUUAUUAUGGUUCUUACUUUACUCUAUUGUAUGCUAUUAAGGAUAACUUAUAGAAACAACAAAUCCUUUGUUGUGAUUACGUGUGGAUACCUUAGCAUUUUAUAUUCACAUUUAUCUCAUUUAUGGUCUGGUUACAUUAAUUACGAUUAUAAUAUGAAGUUCAACGUAGUCAUAGGAUUUUCAACAUUUGUUCUGACAAUGAUAUGGUGGCGUCGUAAUCGGAAGAGAUUAUCUUAUAUUUAUCUGAUCGGUUGGUUCAACGUAUUAACAGUUCUUGUCACUAUAUUAGAAGUGGCAGACUUUGCACCGAUCUUUUGGGUGUUCGACGCUCAUUCCUUGUGGCAUGCCAGCACAGUUCCCCUUGCAAUUCUGAUAUACAGGUUCAUGAUGGCAGAUUGUUCUUACUUGAAUACGGUUUAUAGCAAAUUGACAUUAGACAUUGAUCAUCAUAUACAUUAGUAGUAUCACUUGCUACUAUGCAAAUGCAACGUACGAUGCAGUAAUUUUGGAUCUCGUUGAUUUUUAUAUGACGUUUUUCAAACUAUAUACUUCUUACAAGGUAUUUGAAACCGGAAUAAAUCAUUCUACGUUCUACAACGUAAUAUUAGUCUUUAUUGGCAGUACAUCAUAAGUUAGUAGUGUUAAAAUUAUCUUUCAUUAAUCAGUAUGUAUACGUAUGCAAAACAAUAGAACAUCUUCAGAAUUAGAUGCGCGUCCUGUUUUUACUUAUUACACGAAAAUAUACAUACAUAUACUCUGAGGAAUGUAUUCUAUCAUGAAGGUAUAGCUGCGUAAUAUUAACAUUAAUCAAAUCAUCGAUCGAUGAAAAUUAAUAAAUUUUAAGUACCUCCGUA